GACUGAUUCUCGGAAGACUUAUUGGAACUAUCUUGCAUUUUGUUUCUUCAGAUUGUGUCCUUUUUGACAGAUUCAUACUCGAAAAAGCUUUCCGCCAUUGCAAGAAUUGAAGAACUGAGGCUGGAGCUGUGACUGACAAAGGCACGCACAAUAAAAGGUUCGGAUUUGAUCUCAGCAUAAUCCUUACGAGCCUCUCAGAGCCCGCGCAUGCCCAGCACAGCACCCGCAGACCGUGACGUCGGCUCAUUAAUUGACAGCGCUGUGAUUGGUCAGCGGUUUUGAUUGACAUAUCCAUCACCUGUCAGAGCGUUAAACGGAGUGACGGGUUUUGAUCGGCACAAAGACCUAAGCCAGCGAGUUAUUUGCAAGCAUUUCUCUUGCUCUUGGGCAUAAGCAGUAAGAGCGAUACUUUGGAUUAUUUCUACUAAACAUUCAGCAGUCUGCACCUCAGGAACUCAGCUUAUUUCCGUGUACACUUUACCAUGGACUACUAUAACACAGCGGACUACUCAAAGGCAUAGGAUAUUUCUCUCGUUUGUGGAUGUAGCAGCUUCUCUCUUGGACCCGCAUUGUCCGUUUAAGCUACCCUGUUUACACACCGUACGUUUCAGUUGUGCAUUGUGUGCCGCAUCUUUUUAAAAUGUCACGCUAGAUUCACGCACUUUUUCAUCCAGUGUUUCGCGGAUAUCGAAUUCAUUUGAUUCAAAAUGUCGCUUCGGAAUACUGUCGUGUUGCUGUUUCUGGCUGUGGUUUGGCGGACUGGUUACGCCGGCGGAAGUGACAGGGAGCAACCUCGAAAGUGUCAAGAGAUCACCAUCCCGAUGUGCCGGGGAAUCGGAUAUAACAUGACUUACAUGCCGAAUCAGUUCAAUCAUGAUUCGCAAGAGGAAGCAGGCCUCGAGGUUCACCAGUUCUGGCCCCUGGUUGAGAUCCAAUGCUCCCCAGAUUUGAAGUUCUUCCUGUGCAGUAUGUACGCACCAAUCUGUAUGACAAACUACCAUAAGAGUCUCCCCGCUUGCCGGUCUGUUUGCGAAAGGGCCAAGGCAGGCUGUGCCCCUCUCAUGCGGCAAUACGGCUUCGCAUGGCCUGAAAGAAUGCGGUGCGAAAACCUCCCGGAGUACGGUGACAAGGACCAACUCUGCAUGGACUUUAACACCAGCCAUCCUACUCCGACACCAAAACCAAAAUACCCGACCUUGCCAACAGAAUUCCCAGGCCGAGGAUCAACGGAAAAGGACUGCAGCUGCAAAUGUCGUUACCCAAUGGUCAAAAUCCUGGACGAAUCUAGCGGAUAUUACAAUCGAAUUAUGACAGGCGGAAUCAAGAACUGCGGCAUGUCCUGCUUCAGUGGAUACUUCACCUCUGAUGAGAAGACUUUCGCAUCGUUUUGGAUCGGUCUGUGGUCAAUUUUAUGUUGCAUAUCCACCUUCAUGACAGUCUCAACAUUUUUCAUCGACAUGCAACGCUUCAAAUACCCAGAAAGGCCCAUCAUUUUCCUCAGCGCUUGCUACUUCAUGGUCAGCGUUGGCUAUAUCGUAAGACUGAUCAGCGGUCACGGGAACGUCGCUUGUGACGGCGAGGUGAUCAGGUACGCGUCAACAGGCCCAGCAGAAUGCACCGUGGUCUUUCUACUCAUCUACUUCUUCGGGAUGGCCUCCUCAAUAUGGUGGGUGAUCCUAUCAUUUACUUGGUUCCUUGCUGCCGGACUAAAAUGGGGACAGGAGGCAAUCGCCAGCUACUCACAGUACUUUCAUCUCGCAGCCUGGUUGAUCCCCUCAGUAAAAAGUAUCGCAGUCCUCGCCAUGUCGUCAGUUGACGGGGAUCCCAUUGCCGGGAUCUGUUAUGUGGGCAACCAAAACUUAGACAAUCUCAGAGGCUUUGUGUUAGCUCCUCUGUUCGUGUACCUCAUAAUCGGUACAAGUUUCCUCCUGUCCGGGUUUGUCUCACUAUUCAGGAUACGAAACGUCAUCAAAGCGCAAGGUGGGCAAAAAACGGACAAGUUAGAAAAGCUAAUGAUCCGCAUUGGUGUUUUCUCAGUUUUAUACACAGUCCCAGCAACUAUUGUCAUAGCGUGUUACUUUUACGAACAGCAUUUUCGGGUCCGGUGGGAAACAAGUCACAACUGUCCCUGCUCUACGGAUGUCAUCCGACCCGACUACUCAGUUUUUAUGUUAAAAUACUUUAUGUGUUUAGUGGUGGGGAUUACGUCAGGGUUUUGGAUAUGGAGUGGUAAGACUCUCGAUUCGUGGAAGCGAUUUUACGGACGCUUAUGUGGACGAUGUGGUACUGGAAGUUCGAACUCAAGUCAGACGCGGAUGGCUAAGUACAGCACUCCAAGCUAUCACGGUAGUAAACAAUUACCGCUCAGUCACGUUUAAUUCGAAUUUUGAAUUACAAAUGUCGAAGUCCGAGUUGGAAAUGAUGACAAAAUCAAGAUCUGAGCGUUAAAAUGCCAUUUUCAGAAACUCUCAUGUUUCAUAGGAAGUUUAAGUUCCAGUUUAGGAUUUUUGAUAGUCCCAAUCUGAAACUUCAACAUUCUUUUGCAAUAAAACUCCAAAUACCUGAAAAGAAACCAAGAAUCUCAUUUUUGAUUUCAAAUUCUG